AUGAGCAGUAACGGAACCAGCGGCGGAAACUCAACCAACACCGGGACCGGGACUGGGACCCGCUCCGGGGCCGGGACUUGCUCUGCCGGGAGCGGCUCGGUCCACGUCCCGUCCAUGGAGCGGGCCCGGCCGGUGACGGUGACGGUGUCCGCGGUGAGUCUCGCGCUCAGCGUGCUGUCGCUGCUGCUUCUGGUCACAGCCAUCUCCACCGACCACUGGUACGAGACCGAUACCCGCAGACACAAGGACAACUGCGACCAGACCGGACCGGACUCCAACGACCAGAAGAAUCGGGAGAUGCCCAUCUACCACCUGCCGCUGGUGGACACCGGCAGUGGCGGUGCGAGGCAGCGGGACGUAGCGCUGAUGAAGCCGGUUCAUGUGGGCAGCAGGGAGGAGGAGCUGCUGGAGAACUGGAGGGCCAUCCUGGGGAUGGGCAUCCUGGAGACCGAAUGCGGCAGGCCGCUGUUCUCCACCCACUCCGGCCUGUGGAGGAAGUGCUACUUCAAGGGGCUGGACCCGGACAUCGACAAGCUCAUCGACCGCGGUACGGACACACGCACACCCACAUAGGGAGACACUCAAAGACACGUAUACACACACACACACACACACACACACACACACACACACACACACACACACACACACACACACACACACACACACACACACACACAGAUAAUGUUUGUGUUUACAUUGAACUACGAGCUUUUAUCAACAUCUGUAAACCCCAACAGCCACAAGCUAUUGUACUGCAGUGUGACACUCGUUCAAACACACACUGAUUUUUACACACACGCUCUCUGUAGGUCCUGCAGAGCCCUUGACCUGUAGAUACUGGACAAACAUCAGGAGCAUUUAUAAACACAGAGGCAGUACACACCAACAAUACACACCAUACUGCAGUAAUUUACAGCACCUAAAAUUGCUGUGUAUCAAAGAGUAUAUAUUAAUGAACUCUAUGGCAUGUGCAGGAAGCAACACACACACAGACAUACAGUCACAAAACACACUGACUAUAAAGAAUAGACAUGCUACUAUCAACACAACAAAAUGUAGGGCCUAUCUCUACACACUGCACAGACACACUAAACAAAAAUAUAACUUGCAGAUUCACAGGCACAGUGCACUUACAUAAAAUAAACAUACAUUCAAAUUGCACAUACACACUCCAAGAACACACACUGCAAUUUAAGUUCCAUGUGUGUAAUCUGCACAUUAUCUCUCCAUGUAUACAAACUCUCAGCCUUCACACAUAUACACUGUACACUAUCCUACUGCAGAUACACACUGUUCAUUCAGCUGUUAAAAAUAAACUAUGCAUUUAGUCAUUGCACACAUACACUGUAUUUUAGCCAUGGCACAUUUGUACAGCAACCUCAGCUAUUGCAUAUUUACACUGUACACUGAUCUGUGCACAUAUAGACUAUCCUUUUUCAUAAGAUAAACACUUUACCUAAAGUCAUGGCACUGAACCAAUGUAUAUUACAACACUGUACAUAUACAAUGAACAUGUACAUUGUGCAUACUGACUGCAGACACAUUUAAAUUAUACAUUUACACAAACUGCACCGUUGCAUUUAACCUGACACCAAUUAUUUACACACUUUCCUUAAUCAACAAACUGUAAAAUUACACUUAUAACAAUGGGAACUAGUGAUGGGAAAUUUGUCUCUUUUCAGAGAGCCGGUUCUCUUGACUCUGCUCCCAAAGAAGAGUCGGCUCGUUUGACUUCUGUAUGGCUCUUAAUUAAGGAUCUUUUGUAGCCAGAAAUGAUGUUUUUUGUGUUGAAAACCCUUAUGUGUUGGUGUUUUUAUGAGAAGCCAUAUAAUUGCCUAAUUUUCUGCAUUUAUUCUGUUACAAAAUCAUUCUCCAAUUGUUUAAUAAGUUAUCAAACUUCAUUGCACAUACCAACAAAAAACUGCAAACAAAUCCACGGAACCAGAACCAAACUCAAUCAUACAGUAUUAAUAUCCUCAAGAUGGCAAGUUGUGAUCCUGUAUCCUGACAUGUGAUUGGCUGCAUGGCCGCCAUGUUGGCCAAUCAAAAUAAAGUUCUGCUGUGAGCAGAGCUAGGGCUGAGCACUGGGAGCAGCCUCACUCAAUACGAGCUGUCUCCUCUGAUUCACUAAUAAGCAUUGGCUUUCAGAGCCACAUCUUUUGCGCAUGACACAUCACCACUGGGAAUAUGGAGCAGGAUGGUUUUACCUUUUGAGAGCCAUGUUCUAUACCAGUGUGUAAUAAACAAGAUUUCUCUGUUAAGAUUGUUUCUGUCCUGGAUUGAGUGUGGUUAAAGUCUGAAUUAACCUGAUUUGGUGCAGGUUUACUCUGGGUAAAUCUGGUUAUAUUCUGGUCUUUGCUUGAUCUAGUCUAUUAAAGCCUGGUUAGCCCAGUAAAGCCUGGUUUAGCCCUAUUGAGCAAGGUUUAGUCUGGUUUUUACAGGAUUUUGCCUGGUUUGUUCUGGUCAAGCACAGAUUAGCCCAGUUAAGCCUGGUUUAGUCUGGUUUUAUGUAGGUUUUUUACCUGGUUUGAUCAGAUUAGGCCAAGUUAAGCCUGGUUUAGUCCUGUUAAGCCCGGUUUAGUCUGGUUUUAUGAAGUUUUUUUGCCUGGUUUGAUCAGGUUAGGCCUAGUUAAGCCUGGUUUAGUCUGGUUACUCACAGGUUAAUCAGGGUUAAUCCUGGUUUUGCCUGGUUAAAACCUGUUAAGCUUGGUUUAGUCUGGUUUAGUCUGAUUUUACUCGUAAAGCCUGGUUUAGCCAUGCCUUUGCAGGAUCAGGAUCUGGUUUGUUCCCAUGAGUCACUUAGCUGCUUUUAUCUCACCAGCCUGUCUCUCACCUGUCUUACCUGUCUGUCUCCUCAGGUAUAGCAGAACGUUGUACAGCGGUCAAGUAUCAUUUCUCUCAGCCAAUCAGAUUAAGGAACAUCCCUCUGAACCUGACCAGAACCAUCCAACAGGACGAGUGGCACCUGCUGCGUGAGCACACACACACACACACACGCACACACACACACACACACACACACACACACACACACACACACACACACACACACACACACACACACACACACACACACACACACACACACACACAAAACAGUGUCUGAUAUUUGGUAGAACAGAUUGAUAACUGAGAUGAUGGAUCAUAGAUUAUUUGUGACAGAUCACACAUGAUAUGUUAUAGAUUGCAAAUGAAAGAUUAUUGACUAUGUUAUAGAUCACAGAUGGUAAAUUAUAGAUUAUAUUUUCUAGAUUAUAGAAAGGAGAUAAUAGAUUAUGUAUUAUAGAUUUUAGAUGGAAGAGUAUGGAUAAUAUGUUAUAGAUUUAAGCUGAUUGAUUAUGGAUUUAAUGCUAGCUCAAAGAUCAAAGGUUAUACGUUAUAAAUGAUAAAACAUGUGUUAUAGAAUUAAGAUGAUAGAUCACUCAUAGUGUAAUAUGGAUGAUUAAUUAUUGAUGGUAGAUGUAGUUUUAGGACUCUGUAGUCUCCUUUUUUUCCCUAUCACUGGUUGCCAUAGAAACACAGUGACGGUGUUAUGUAACAGUACUGAAGGACAGUGGGGGCUGACCAGGAGGUUGUCACCACGACAACCCUCUCUGUAUUUACCUCCCCCUUACUGACAGCUCUAUGUGUGUGUAAUGAAUGUAUGUGUUUGUAUGUGUAUUAAUAUAGACCUGCGGCGCAUCACGGCGGGCUUCCUGGGCAUGGCAGCGGCAGUGCUACUGUGUGGCAGCAUCGUUGUGUCGGUGGGUUUCUUCUGGGAGGAGAGUCUGACGCAGCACGUCUCAGGCCUGCUCUUCCUCAUGGCAGGUAACUCACCUAAGCUUGUGGGUGUGUCCCAUUUCUCCUUGUCUCCUCUUCUUCUGUACUGUCAUUAAUUGCUCUUAUCUGGGACCUAAUGUUGAUGCACUCAUUCUGGAACAUUGUCUCUGAUCCAGAUUUUAGUCUUUGAUUUGCAUUCUGGUUCCUGAUCUAGUCCCUGAUCUCUGGUUUUGGUCUCUGCAGGCAUCUUCUGCACCAUCUCUUUAUGUACAUAUGCAGCCAGCGUGACCUAUGACCUUUCCAGAAACCCGCCCUUUAUCUACGGUCUGCCGGUGGACGUGGAUCAUGGGUAUGGCUGGUCUAUCUGCUGCGCCUGGGCUAGUUUGGGUCUGACAGUGGCCGCCGGCUGCCUUGGGACCACUUUUCCCUUCCUGAGCCGGGCCGGAGCGCUGAGGUCCAAAACGGCCCGUGAGUCAUCUGUAUAA